AUGACGACUACGAAAGGAUCAACGUACUACAACCGAAUGGCAGCUAAUAUCGUUUUCGUCAUUUCGUUACUCUUGUCCACGACACAAGUUGUGCUUGGUAGUGGGGAUCACGAAGAGCAACUUCACUAUGAUGGUCCGGAGGGACCACAAACAUGGGGAGGACUCUGCCAUACAGGCAAGAGCCAAAGUCCGAUAGACAUUGUAAGACGUGAAGCAUCUGCUCAUCAGUUUCCGGGUCUCUGUAAAGUGCAUGUCGAUUACAACAGCGACACACAGGCAACGGUCACCCACUCCGGUUCACAUCUUCAAUUGACAGUGGAAGGUGAUGCACCAUUUGGAAAGCUGUAUCUUCGUGACAUUUACAAUCUGAGUGGAUUUCACUUCCAUUCCCCAAGUGAACACGAGAUUGAUUCGAUGAGUUAUGAUUUGGAGUUACAUCUUGUUCAUAAAACCGUCACUCAAAAUGGGCCUCAGCUCGCUGUUAUCGGCCUCCUGUACAAUGAAGGCCCUGAUGACUCGUCAACCGAUCAUUUUCUUCAACAGGUAUUUGAUGCUUUACCGUACAUAAAGAAGCCAGAUUCUUCAGUACACACGUUGAAACCAGUCGACUUCUCUUCACUACUACCGGUAUUGGAUGGUCCAUAUGCUCGAUAUUCCGGAUCUCUGACGACGCCACCGUGCACUGAGAAUGUUACUUGGACAGUCAUCCUGAACCAGAAUCUGAAGAUGUCACCGAGACAGUUUCAAGCCUACAAGGCCGUUCUGAAGAAACCAAACAACAGGCCGCUUCAAGAUCUAGCGGGCAGAACCGUGAUGUACUCCCAGUAG